AUGGAGCACUCGCACGCGAGCCUGACGGAUGUCAAGCGAUGGAGCGGCAUCGAGGGCGACUUGUUCGACACGUUGCUGGUGUAUCAACAACAAUAUGUUGAUGAUGUGACACGGAAUGACGUUGCCGGAGAGGUUGUGGAAAUGGAAGUGGAUCGCGGUUUGAGCUCGCUCGAGUAUUCAAUUGAAUUGACGCUUGAACCACACCAAGAAAGUGUACUGGCUGUGAUGUAUUUUCAGCAAUGCCGAGUUCACCCUAGUCAAGCACAAUUGAUUCUGAACGAACUGGAUGAGACGAUGCUACAAGUGGUGGAAGCUGUGACAAGGAACGAACUGGUUGCAAAGUUAUGGCUCCUGUGUACGUCGCAUACGAAGCUGAUAGUCGCCGCUGCGUACGGCCCCCAAGUUCCAUUGCCCUUCGAAGUUUUGCAUGGCGCAUUUGAAGCUCGCGCCGUGGCUUAUCCCAUCGCUGUCGCCAUUGAGUCGGAAGCUGAUCGCUUGACUUACGGAGACCUCAAUGCUCAAGCAAGCACCCUAGCCGUGGAACUUGCUGGGAUGGGCAUAGGUGUGGGCUCUCGUGUGGCUGUGGUGAUGGAACGUUGCCUAGAGUUUCCAAUUGCUCUGCUCGCAGUUCUCAAAGUUGGUGGUGCGAUGGUGCCUCUCGACGGCACUUUCCCAGCCAAGCGUUUGGCGUAUAUUAUCAAAGACGCCAACGUUUGUGCCGUGAUUUCUGUCAACAACUUUUCCAACAGUCUUUGCGCAAUGGAGUUGGACCUUCCAACAGUUUUCAUCAAUUCGUCUGAACUCAACGCGCAACCGAAACCCUUUUUGCCACGGAAAAUGCACCAGGCCACUCGACACGACGAAGCGUACCUUGUCUAUACCUCCGGGUCAACUGGGAAACCAAAAGGUGUUCCCGUGCUGCACGCCGGGGCUGUGAAUGCCAUGUCCUUUCGCUGUGCCGAAGUUGGCAUUGUCCCAGGCUCCCGCGUCAUGCAGUUCAUGGCGAUUGGAUUUGAUGUUUGCCAAUGGGAGAUCUGGAAGACACUGUCGGCUGGAGCAACACUUGUGUUCAGGUCCAAGGAUGGCUUGACAAAUGUGACCGAUGACUGUCACUUCUAG